UUAUCAAUGAGUAUAGGCCAUCACCUAAACACCCCAUAUAUCUAUCACAUAUCUAUCCCAUAGAUAUUAACCAAAAAAACAUGGCCAACCAAUUGAUAAUUUUAAAUUUUAUUAUCAAUUGGUUAACAAUCAUAUUGUUAAUCAUUUUAUCAUUAUUUACUAAUAUCUAUGCUUUAAAUAUUAACAACAAAUACGGACCGCCGGCGCCUGUAGUUAAUUAUGGACCCAAUCAACAACAAUAUCAUCAGCAGCCGGUGCCGGUACCGGUACGACCACCAUAUGGACAGCCAUUACCAUCAGUAGUCAAACCACAACCAGCAGCAGCAGCUCAGCCAUCAAACAACAACCAUAACAAUAAUGGUCUAUAUAUUGUACCGAAAUAUAUAGCAUAUCCACAACAACAACGACAGCCAAGCAAUUAUACCAAUACCUACCCGUCCUAUCAGGGAAUAGGAGGUCCCGGACCCGGAACCGGACAGCAAUAUAGACCACUACUAAAGUAUUAUUACAUGAGACCGCCGUAUUUGGCACAACCAUCACUACCGCUACCGGCGCCGAUGCCACCUGUGGUGGCCACUGGCGGCUACGGUAGUUACGAUGGUGGCCAACAAGUCGAUGACUCAUCAUCAUCGGUAACCAAUACCCUGGUACUGGUACAGGUUGUCCACAGGCACGGCGAUCGUACACCACUGGCGUUUUAUACGGAUGAUCCGUACGGCCAGGACUACUACUGGCCCGAAGGUCUGGGCGAACUGACCAACAAAGGCAAACAACGGCUGUACGCAGCGGGCGUACAGUUUAGGCAACGAUACGACCAGUUUCUCGGGUCGUCACCCAAAUUGGUACGUAUGAGGUCGACCUCGAAGUCAAGGUGUCUGGAAAGUGCCCAACUAAUGGCCGCCGGUUUGUAUCGGCCCCGUAAUCAAUGGAUAUGGCAGCCAUCAUCGGGACUGGCCCAGCAAUGGCAACCGGUUCCCGUACAGACAGUACCCGCGGAAAUUGAUGCCAUGCUAUACUACGGUGCCAAUUGUCCGCAAACCGACAAAAUUGAGGCCAAUAUUAUGGCCUCGGCUUCCGUUAAACAGUAUUUGGAGACUAAACAGGAUUUUCUGAAGGCCCUUAAUCAGGCACUACCCGGACAUAACUGUACGGAUCUGACCUGUACUAUGUGGCUGUACGAUACACUGACCACCGAGUUUGACUAUCAGCCGCCUAAACCCUAUCCGGGUUGGAUGGCAUCGGUAGGCGUCGAUCGGGUUAUGACGGGUUUGACCGAAUUGAAUGAAAAAUACUAUGACGUUGUCUACGGUAACAAACAAAUACAACAGUUGAGGUCAGGUAUCCUAUUGGAAACGUUGAUCAACAAUAUGUUCAAUGCAUCCCAGGCUACCACCCAUACGACUACCAGCGGUAGUCCGACUAAUCAAAACACACCGCAACCGAAACUGUAUGUCUAUACCGCCCACGAUAUUGCCGUCUAUACGCUGAUGCGCUUACUAUACGGUACGGCCCGUUACCCGAGCUUCGGCGAUGCCGUAGUGAUUGAACUGCAUCUGAUUGCCGGCCAAUACUAUGUCCGGCUAUACUAUGGACGUAAUGACCCGAUUAACUAUGGCUACAAGUUUACCGGUUUCGGUACGGUUUGCGAUAAAGAUGGCGACAAUAGUUGCAGUUUAGAUGAGUUUAGGGAUACAAUGAAAGACCUGUUUGUUACCGAUUGGAGCAAACAGUGCGGACUAACCAAUGAGAUACCGAUAUUUACUUAA